AAAAUUACAAUACCAAAGAAUACAUUAUCAAUGUCAUAUAAAUUCUCAAAAUCAUCUGGUCCAGGUGGUCAAAAUGUAAAUAAAGUAAACACAAAAUGUGAAUUAAGAGUCAAUUUAGAAACUGCAAAUUGGAUUCCAACUUGGGUCAAAGAAAAACUGGCUACAAACUUUACAAGAAUGGUAAACAAAGAAAAUAUUUUAAUUAUCGCAUCAACUAAACAUAGAGAUCAAGAUCAAAAUAGAAAAGAGGUAUUAAAUAAACUACAGCAUAUUUUAGAUCGUUGUAGUUUCAGACCCAAAAUGAGAGUUGCAACUGAAAAACCCCAAUAUGCCAUAGAAGAACGUUUAACUGACAAAAAACAUAGACAUGAAAUUAAAAAAGAUAGAAAGAAAAAACAAAUUCACGAAUAUUUUAAU